UCUAAAGGAAGUUUGGAAGCUUUGGAAGUUCAAUCAACAGACGUUGAGCCUCCACUCCCACCUAAACUCGGUCCAAGCAAAUACGCAAACCUUAAAAAUCAGCUCAGCGCUUCAACCAAUGAAGAUAGUGGUCUCUCAUCCAAGCCCAUCAACCCACCCACUCCUGCCAUGUUUAAGUAUCGACCAACAUUCAGCAGUUCAGAUGCAAACCCCAAAGUCCUCUACCAUGCUGCUAGUGAUAAGAUUUCCAUGCAGGAGGGACAUAAAGAGGGUGCUAUUAUGGAAGAGUGCAGCAGGGCCCAUGAUUACAAGUCCGAGCCAAAUCUCGAUAUCCCUGACUACAGAUCGCCAUCACUUCACAAGACCUACCAGUCAUCGCCCUUCCAACUUGAUUCACUCUCUGUUAACUCUCGUUCUCUGAGCCUAAAAUCCGCCCAUAGGAGAGGAACAGAUAAGGUUCAGAUACACCAGAUGAAGUUGGAUGGCUCAUCGCCCAAUCCGUAUAAAAACAUUUUUGGUCAAAAUUCAUUGUCCAACAGGAAUGGAAGCCUAUCAUACGAUAGUUUGUUGAAUCCCACCACUCCACAUCCUGGGGUAGAUACCACGGUACAUACUGGAGUUUCAGCUGUGGGAUACCAUUCACCAUACCUGUCGGCCAAAAUGUGCCAGAUCCGAGGGGUGAAUCUCCAGCGUCCACCUGUGCAAGGUUACAGUCCCAUUCAUAGAGCCUCACCACCACACCAACGGGAACCUUCACCUGUCCGAUAUGACAACCUUUCGAAGCAAAUCAUGGCCUCCAUUCAGGAGCGAAAGGCAAUGGAAGAACGAGGGCAACUCCUUCAAGCCUCACCUGAUUCAGUGUUUCUAGAUUCAGGGGCAAAUGACUCAGCUGGGUCAUAUAACCUGCAGCAAGUGAACACUUUACCGGAUGACUCGAGAAGGACAACCACUAGUAGAUAUGGUUCACGAGAUAAUCUUCUGUCUCCCGCUAAUUACAGCACAAGGAACCCUGUAAUGCGCACUUCUGCAUCCUCCCUCUCGAGCACAGUGUCAAGGGUAACAAGGACUUCUACGAGUUCCCUUCAUGCAGAUAUAGCAAACAACAAUGUGCAGUCCCACCACACUUUGCAAAGCAGAGCUGUUGAGACUUCAUACAGGUCUCCGGGUCAUCAAAUCACAUCUUCCUCAUUAGUCAGGUCCCCCUCCUAUGGGAACCAAAAGCCUUUGUCCUUCGUCACUGCUAUGGAAAUGUCAGAAGGUGUGCCUCAGCCUCUGGUUACUCCAUGUGAUGAGGUUCAGAUGAAGGCAGCUCACAGCAAAAUUAAUGGACAGCCAAAACGUUUAUCCAGGAUGGAUAGUCGGAUAAGCUCAACUUCUAGUUCCCAUGGUGCUACGGUCAGUCCCACCAGGCAGCCCAACGUGAAAAAAGUGUCUGGUGUAGGUGGGACCACCUAUGAGAUCUCGGUGUGAACAGCCAUCAACCAAGGCAGCUGUAAAGCUGGAUGCACUGUGAAGACUAUCGCAGCAGCUGUGUGUUAUUUUUGCCCAACAAGCUGCAGCCUUAUUUCUCCAGAAAUAGUUUUACAACAAAUCAGAAAAAUGGUUUCAAUUCAGGGCAGGCCCACUGCAAACUUUUUCUUUUUAUCAUUUUUUUUUUCUCUUUGCUCCAUAAAGUGAUGUUUUAUCUUUUUAUCAUAGAAAAGAUGUAUGGUUUUUGUUGAAACUGCUAUCAUACACUUGCCUAUCCAUUGGAAUCUUGUGUAAAAUUUUGUGCUGUGAUGGUUUAAUAGUAACCUGAACUUCUGUAAUGAUUUUAUGAUGGUGAAGGGUUUUAGUCUGGCCUGCCAAUCAAACUUGUUAAUACUAGCUUGACAAAUGUAAUACUUUUUAUUUUGUGUUAAUAGACGUAGGCACAACUGUGUGGCACCAAAGCUUGUUGGUUCCCUUCCUUCUCUGGAGGAAGUGAUGCUUAUACAUCAGCCAAAAGAUGUUUUAAAACUGUCCUCUAGAAGGAGACUUUAUGCCAUUAGACAACCUGUCCAAUAUCCUUGUAUGUGAGUUUUUGUGUGUGAGUGCACCUGUGUCUGUUAGAGCUUGUAUGGAAAAGUUAAAGGGAGAGUGCAUUGUUAUGAGGCUUAAAAACCUCAAAGCUUUAAGAAUGUUUGUUUGAUAAAUAAUACAAUCUAUUAAGGUGUUAAAGAUUCCUAUCAGUAAUGAAAUGUUGGAAUUGACAGUAUGUACAAUUUCAUAUGUAUGUAGAAGAGGAGUUAAUCUGUGCUAAGGCUAAUGAUGAAAAGAAUAUUAUACACAAGCAAACUGGCUGUUGUUCCAUCUCUUGACUGAUGAGGUUUCAGAGUUCAGGCUGUUUCCACACUGUUGCAAAGUAAUGGAAUGUGAGAUGUUUGCGCACUUGUUUCAUGC